AUUUAUGUUAUCACCUAUUUAUUCCACUGGUUCUGUGGUGAUAGUGAAGCUCACAAAGCCUGCUCAGAAUGGGGAAAGUGGAGGAGGACAUGAAUUGCAUUUACAGAGAUCCCAAUGAACCCGUAGAGGCUCGUAUUAGGGACCUUCUUUCUCGAAUGAAUUUGAAAGAGAAGGUCGGCCAGAUGACCCAGAUUGAGCGCCGUGUUGCCACCCCUGAUGCCAUCAAAGACCUCUCUAUCGGAGGUAUACUCAGUGCUUGUGGUAGUGGACCCUUUCAGAAAGCAUUGUCGUCAGAUUGGGCUGAUCUGGUUGAUGGGUUUCAAAAGUCAGCACUAGAGUCACGGCUGGGGAUACCACUAAUAUAUGGGGUUGAUGCAGUUCAUGGUCACAAUAGUGUUUAUGGAGCCACUAUAUUUCCUCACAAUAUUGGCUUGGGAGCUACCAGGGAUGCAGAUUUGGUUCAAAAGAUUGGGGAAGCAACAGCACUUGAAGUUAGGGCAACCGGCAUUCAAUGUACUUUUGCUCCUUGUGUGGCUGUUUGCAGAGAUCCCAGAUGGGGGCGAUGCUAUGAAAGUUACAGUGAAGACACUGAAAUCGUCAGAAAGAUGACUUCCAUUAUCACAGGCUUGCAGGGCCAGCUACCCCACAUACACCCAAAAGGCUACCCUUUUGUGGCUGGGAGGAACAAUGUUAUUGCUUGCGCAAAGCAUUUUGUAGGAGAUGGGGGUACCAAUCGGGGAAAAAAUGAGGGGAAUACCAUAUUAUCGUAUGAGGACUUAGAGAGGAUCCACAUGGCACCUUAUCUGGAUUGUAUUUCUCAGGGAGUUUCCACUAUUAUGGCAUCCUAUUCUAGCUGGAAUGAGUGUAAACUGCAUGCUAACCAUUUUCUCCUGACAGAAAUUUUAAAGGAUAAGCUAGGCUUCAAGGGUUUUAUUUUUUCUGAUUGGGCUGGACUUGACCGACUUAGUGACCCUCGUGGCACAAAUUACCGUUCCUGCAUUUCCUCUGCUGUUAAUGCAGGAAUAGACAUGGUGAUGGUGCCUUAUGAUUUUAAAAAGUUUUUGGAGGGCUUGAUAGAUCUGGUUGAAUCUGGCGAGAUAUCAAUGGCCAGGAUUGAUGAUGCUGUUGAACGGAUACUUCGAGUAAAGUUUGUUGCUGGUCUUUUUGAAUUUCCUUUCACAAAUAGAUCUUUGCUAGAUACAGUUGGUUGCAAGUUGCAUAGAGAUCUAGCACGUGAAGCAGUCCGCAAGUCCUUGGUUCUGUUAAAAAAUGGAAAGGAUCCUAAGAAAUCUUUUCUUCCAUUAGACAAAAAUGCUAAGAGAAUUUGUGUCUUUGGAACACAUGCUGAUAAUCUUGGAUAUCAGUGUGGAGGGUGGACAAUGAAAUGGUCUGGAGGCAACGGCAGGAUUACAAUUGGCACAACCAUCUUGGAUGCUAUUAAAGCUGCAGCAGGAGAUGAAACAGAAGUAGUUUAUGAGCAAUAUCCAUCAGCAGACACCUUAGCACGUCAGGAUUUCUCUUUUGCAAUUGUAGCUGUUGGUGAAGAACCAUAUGUAGAGGGCCUCGGUGAUAAUUCAGAGCUUGUAAUCCCCCUCAAUGGAGCUGACAUAAUAAGUUCAGUCGCUGACAGUAUCCCCACAUUGGUGAUUCUGGUAUCCGGAAGACCUUUACUUUUAGAGCCAUUGCUUUUGGAUAAGAUAGAUGCUCUGAUUGCUGCUUGGUUGCCUGGAAGUGAAGGAGGGGGAAUUGCUGAUGUUGUCUUUGGGGAUUAUGACUUCAAGGGCCGACUACCAGUGACAUGGUUUAAACAGGUUGAACAACUGCCUCUGCAUAUUGGAAUUGAUUCGUGUGACUCUUUAUUUCCCCUAGGCUUUGGGUUGACAUGCAAUAAGGAGAGAUCUCUAGACUGAGUUGUGUAACCAAGGCUGGUCAUAAAAAUAAUUUAUCAGAACCACUUAUGUAGAAACAGCUGUUACAUGAUAGAUAGAUUUUGGAUAGAGUUUCCUCCAAACUAGUUUGAAGGAAAAUUCCUCCAAAGCACAACGUGGCGGCUCAAAUGACCAUCCACGUGCACUUUUAGUCAUAUAACCUAUUUAAUGACUCACUUUAUUUAAAACACGUAGAUGGUUUUUAUGAAUGGCAACAUAAUGAGAUGGAAGAGAUUACUCCGAACCAGUUUGGUGGAAAACUCUGCCCAUAUAUUUUCUCUUGCUAUCAAUGUUGUCUGUACUUUAUGUAUGAAUUCACUCAAUUCUCUUCCUAUUCUAAGGCAGCCCUAUGUAUCAAAUUUCUGUACUUCAUGUAAGAAUUCACUCAAUUCUCUUCCUAUUCUAAGGCAGCCUCAUUUCCACUGAAUCCUAGUUGUUCUCUGUAAACAGGGUAUGAGGCCCUUUGGUUUUUGUUGAAGAUGAAUUAUGUUUGUUGAAUAAGGGUAAGCAAUUUGGCCA